AUGAAGCUCCUCUCCCUUAUCACAUCUGCCAGCAUUGUAGGCAUAGCUGCAUCAGUCGAUAUGUCUCGGUACUCUGCAAGGUCUGGGGUUGACGCGGGGUUCCAGUCUUUUCUGAAACAACUCUAUGCAUCCGCAGAAGACCCAUCUUCUACAACAACAUUUACAAAUUUCUUUACUCGUAACGGUAAACUCGUUGUUCUUCGGAAUACUGCCGUUGGCUCCAGACAGAUUAUCGCGUUAAAACAGGAGUUGCUUCCGGUGGCAGGCAACAAGCAUUGGAAUCACUUGCCCAAUGUAACUACUGUGUCUUCAGAGACAAGUACCAUGAAGACCUAUCAGGUUCUUGGUGUCAUCGAGACAACUUUCGAUCGUGGUAACUGUUCUCAAGCAUACUACUCAACCCGCUUUACUGUGACCAAGGAUGCGAGUGGCUCACCACAUCUCAUUGCACACAGCGGAAGCUUGGUCGCUUAUGACGAUUACGUUGUGCAGCCGUCAAAGUCACCGACCAACAUCCCAUGUGGAGCUUAG